ACAUUUUUCCCAUCUUCUCCAUCCAAAAUGGAGUAAGUACAGUACAAAACCUCCAUAUUAUCCUUGCCUGAGAAAACAACCGCCAGCUCCAAUGGCUGCAGAUCUUCAACGCCUUCUUAGCUCCCUCACUCUCAUCUUACUCCUCUUUCCUACGGCCACCAGCUCCCCCACCAUUUCUCCGGCUAGCGCACCCUCUUCCGCCGUCGAACCACCGCCGCCGGUGAUCUCCACCUCCACCUCCACCCUCGACCCGAAGCAGCUGAGAGCUCUCCAAUCGCUGAAUAUCCCCACCGGAAAGGACCCGUGCUCUCCCCUCCACAGCUCCGCCACCGUCUGCGACGGCUCCGACCCCUUCCGCCACCUGAUCUCCCUCAAGCUCUCGAAUUGCUCCGACGAUGUCGCAUUGUCCCUCACCGCCCUCAAGUCCCUCUCCACCCUGACGGAUUUGGAGUUCGUCGACUGCCCCAUCUCCCCCAUCCGCUUCCCCUCCGAGCUCGCCUCCAAUCUCCGCUCCUUCACCGCCGUCAACAGCCUCAAGAAGCUCACCGGAGUCUGGCUCGGCCGCCUCCAGAGUCUCUCCGAAUUGAACGUCUCUAGGGUUCCGAUCAAAGCCAGCGGCCCUUUCGUCAUCCUCAAUAGCAUCAAAAAUCUGAAAUCCCUCACGAUUUCUCAGGCGAAUCUCACCGGAUUUCUUCCCAGACAUUGGAACCCUAAUCUCACUUACAUCGAUCUGUCCGGAAAUAGCCUCAGAGGAAGAAUACCUUCAUCCCUAACUGAGCUCGAAAACCUAGAAAUUUUAAAUCUCUCCUCAAAUUCACUCAAUGGAACAAUCCCGACUUCAUUCGGGGACUUGAAUUCGCUCAAGAACGUGUCUCUGUCUUCGAAUUCACUCUCGGGCCCUAUUCCAGAUUCAUUAGCAGCAAUCCCGGAACUCGUUCAUCUCGAUCUCGGCUCCAACCAGCUCAACGGAACCAUCCCCAAGUUCAUAUCUGAGAUGAAGGGUCUGAAAUUCUUGAAUCUUGAGAACAACAACUUCCAGGGGAUUUUCCCAUUCAAUGCCUCAUUCAUCAAGAGAUUAUCUGUUCUUAAGAUCGGCGAGAAUUCGAACCUUUGUUACAACCACACUACAUUGAUGUCCUCUAAGCUGAAGCUCGGGAUUGCCCCCUGCGAUAAGCAUGGCUUGCCCAUGUCCCCUCCUUCGAGCUCCAUUACUAGUGGCAGCAGUGACGAUGAUGGUGAUGGUAAUGGCGAUGAUGAUGAUGACAAUGAUGAUGGUGACGAACCUCGCCACCAUAGCCAUGGUCCAAGUAAGCUCUUUAUCGGUUUUGCAAUCUUCUUAUCGGCGAUUCUUUUCGUGAUAGUUUUCAUGAUCCUGUGUCUGUGCAGAGGAGGCUGUAAAUGAGUUUGAAUCAAUUGCUUGUUUCAUUUAGUUUAUUAGGAUAUUCUUCAUUGUUAUUGUCAACUAAGAUUUGUUUGUAUCAAUUACACGUUUUUACGCUCUUUCCGCGAGACGGGCGCUGUUGUAUUUUUAUUCAAAGUAUGUAAAUUUAUGUUUUAACUAUCUUAUGGUUUGUCGAUAUAUUGAAGCUUUUUCCCUGAUUUCAUCAUUUUGAUUCAUGUUUUUUCUUCUUCUUGAUAGGAAUUAAAUUAUCCCAUGCUUU